GCCCCAUCGUGCCGCAGUAUCAACCCCAUUCCUACCCUUCCCACUUCCCGAGCUAUCUCGCCUGCCUGUGUACACAAUCGGGCUUUUACUUAUUUUCAGAACAGCACACAUUGCCUCCCCUUCCCCCUGCCGGCACCCACAACAAUGCCUCCUGAAUCUCGCUCUCUCCACAACCUCACCUUUGAACACCACCAUACUCUCCGAACCUCUGCUUCUAGCGCUUCCUUACGUUCGAGAGAUGGUAGUCUGUCCCCUCAGAAAAUGCCUGUAGAAUCAAAUAGUUCGAGCGGCGGCAAUGUCCGUGUCGUUGUUCGAGUUCGAGGAUUUCUGCCGAGAGGUUUGUUUGCGCAACCUUUUUACUCUGAUAAUUCUUUUGCGCUGAUGAAAUAUACCCUUUUAGAAAUCGAGCGCGGGGCUGUCAAUCUAAUCGAGAUGAAUCCGCGAAACCAAUCUACUACGCUUUACCCGCCCCCGCUGGACUCAACGAGGGGGAAUGCAAGGAAAGUUAUGGACAAGAAAGUUUUCACCUUUGACAAUUCCUUCUGGAGUUUUAGCCGCGACGACGACCAUUAUGCGGACCAAGACGAUGUCUACAAUGCACUUGGAGAGGAAUUUCUAGAUCACAAUUUCGAGGGAUACCACACUUGUAUUGUCGCAUACGUACGAACCCCCCAACUCGAUUGAUUGUAAAAACAGCGUUAACGCAUAUCGCAGGGCCAAACCGGAGCUGGAAAGAGUUACUCGAUGGUUUGUUCCUUUUUUCAACGACACUGGGAAUACGGGAGCUGACGAGUGAUGGUUUGUGAAGAUGGGCACCCCUGAACACCCCGGCCUCAUUCCUCGUACUUGUCGAGACCUGUUUGAGCGUAUAGAAUCCAACAACUCGCCGAGUGUCAACUACUCCGUCCGUGUUUCAUACUUUGAGGUUUAUAAUGAACAUGUUCGCGACCUUUUGGUUCCUCGUCGAGAUCCGCCGUACUACCUUAAAGUCCGUGAAUCGCCUACAGAAGGUCCUUACAUCAAGGACUUGACAGAGGUCCCAGUUAGAGGUAUUGCUGAAGUUCUGAAGUGGAUGAAGAUGGGAGAUAAUAGCAGAACGGUUGCCAGUACCAAGAUGAAUGACACUAGUAGUAGGAGUCAUGCGGUCUUUACACUUGUGCUAAAGCAGAUUCAUCACGAUAUAGAUACCGACGAGACUACCGAGAGGGUUGCCAGAAUUAGGUAGGUUAUAGUUGGAGAACGGGGAUCAAUAUAUAGCUGAUGGAGAUUAGGCUUGUGGAUUUAGCAGGUUCUGAGAGAGCGAACUCUACAGGUGCGACAGGUGCUCGGCUGAGAGAAGGCUCCAAUAUCAAUAAAUCUCUUACCACUCUCGGGAGAGUCAUCGCGGCGCUAGCGGAUGAGCCUCCUCAGAAACGUGGAGGAAGGAAGAAGGAAGUUGUACCAUACCGCGAUUCUGUAAGCUCCCCUCAACUUACCGUUCCUCACCAUUCCGCCAAGCUAAUCCUACCCUCGCAGAUCCUCACCUGGCUUCUGAAAGACUCCUUGGGUGGCAAUUCCAAAACUGCUAUGAUAGCAUGCAUCUCCCCAAGCGACUAUGAUGAAACCCUCUCGACCCUGCGCUACGCCGACCAAGCCAAGCGUAUUCGUACCCGCGCUGUGGUGAACCAGGACCACCUCUCCUCCGCCGAACGGGACGCUCAAAUCGCCGAGAUGCAGGAAACCAUCCGCGCGCUCCAGAUCUCCGUCUCCCAGGUAGCCAUGACGAAAAAGCAAAACGACAUGCAGAGUGAGCAACUGGAAAUCUACCAGACCGAGGUGGAGAAGAUGCAGCGCAAGAUGGAAGAGGCAAGGACGGUCGCUGAGUGCAAGAUCAAGGCGCUACAGACACAGAAUGAGGCGCUGAGACUGCAUUUGAGGCUCGCUGUUGAGAGCCUGAAGAAUCCUAUCCCCACCGUCGUUCCACCCAGCAGGCGAACCAGUAUUGGUGAGGAUUGGGAAGAGUAUAAUAGUGAUGCCCCGGACGAGGUGGGCGAUGACGAUGACGAUGAUGGUGAUGAGAGAGGCGAGAUGGAGGCUAGGCUUGAGGAUCUGCUCAAAGAUUUGGGAAUGUUCCGUAGGAAGGUUUCUGAUGAUAAGAGUCGCUUCCUGGCGGAUGGGUAUCUGAAGGAGAUUCGCGUUAACUAA